AUGAUGCCUGUAAUGAGAUCGCGAUAUUUGGCGGAAGAAAAUUCAGAAUCUUCGGAACACGAAGAAUCAGUGCCUGCUCCUGGCACAUUGUCCGAUGAUUUAAACUCAUCGCUUGAUUCAACCUUGACGAUUGAUUCAAAUUCAUCGGUUCAUUCAACUUUGUCGAUUGAGCCAACAUCGGAGGACGAUUUAGCCGCAUGCACAGUCGAGGUGAUUGAUUUAACAUCACCGAUGCCAUCGACGUCGGGAAUGCCGCCAACAUUCCCGAUACAAAUGCCGCUGGAUUAUCCAAUUGCAUCGUUCCCAUCCACGUUGCGCGGCAUUCAAGAAAAUUAUGACGAUUUUCGUUUUGAAGCAGCAAGACGAUCAAGUUUUCAAAACUGUCCCGUAUCUUUCAUUGACCCUGCCAGUUUUGCAGCUGCAGGGCUGUAUUAUACGGGAGAAGCGGACAUAGUCCGUUGUUUUGAAUGUCAGUUGGAAAUAAGACACUGGUCAGAGGGACAUACUCCCAUGACAAUUCAUGAGAUGCAUUCUCCAGACUGCAAAUUUGUUCGUAGAGAACACUGUAAUAACGUACCAAUCGGCCAAGAUCCUGAUAAAUAUCUACGGAGAAAACGAAGAAAUAGAAACAUAUCUUGCCCUUAUGGUUUACAAUAUAAAGACUCAUUUGAUUUCAAUGACCAUCGAUUUUUAAGAUAUGCACGAAACCCGUCGGCAUACGAAUUGAGCCGUUUGGGACUAACAAGUGUUAAGGAACCAAAAAAUUUGGAUUAUAGUACUUACAAAUCCAGAUUAAAUUCAUUUGCAAAUUGGCCUACAUAUAUGAAACAGACAGGUGAAGCAUUAGCCGACGCCGGCUUUUACUAUACCGGAGUAAGAGAUAUUACCACCUGUUACCACUGUGGAGUUGGUAUAGGAAAUUGGAAAACAGAAGAAGAACCUUGGGUUCAACAUGCAAUGCUAUCUCCCUGUUGCAGUUAUCUAUUAACAGUACGAGGGACGCAAUACGUCAAUGAUGCAACAGGCCAAGAGUUAUACGAUACUUGCGAAGGGCCAUCAGUACAAACUACAGCUGAGAGCCAUGAGAAAGCCACUAGUGACAAUGAAGUUAUCGAGAUGACUCUCCCUAAGAAACAAGCUGCUCUGGAGGAAGAGAAGAAGAAAUUGAUAGAUGCUCGAAGGUGUACAGUUUGCAAGGAACGAGAAGCAAUAAUGACAUUUAUACCUUGCGGACACCUUGUCACAUGUCAGUAUUGCUCCCAAGCUUUUGGACAAUGCCUAAUUUGCGGCAGAGAAAUUGAAGCACAAAUUCGUGUAUUUUUUUAA